UACCUCUCUACGACCAGUAACACUGUACAUUAUGAAGUUCGGAGAAUCCUUGAGCGAGGGGUUGGUUCCCGAAUGGAAGGAGCAAUAUGUGGACUAUAAAUCUGGGAAAAAGCUCAUUAAAAAAAUUGUACAAUUGAAGCAAGAGUCGGAAGCCGAAGCGAGUGCAAAAGCCAGUAAUGACAGAAUGCCAUUACUUAAUUCACAGGAUGGUGUAGGACCAUCUAUGCCAUAUACCAAUGAAAUAAAUGAGAUAACUGAAUUGUCUAAUGAACUCAAUAAACCAAGAAUGAGUAGAAGAACAUCAAUAUUCAACUAUAGUAUAAGAUCAAAAGAUGUAGAUAAGAAGGAUGAAUUUGAAAAGGAAAGAGUGAAGUUUACUCAAUGGUUGGAUAGUGAGCUUAAUAAAGUAGACCAGUUCUAUAGAGAAAAGGAACAAGAGGCAUAUGAAAGAUUUUUAUUAAUUCAAGAUCAAUUAUACCAAUUAAGAGAUCAUAAAGCAUCAGUUGUUCGAGAAAAAACCAAACAUUCUGGAGCUAUUCAUGGUGAUGAUGCUAUAAAAAUCUAUGCAAAUGUCAAUGACUUAGCAUUUCAUACAAAAAGUGCAUUUUCUUGGUUAAAUAGACUCGAACUUCCCUCGUUACCAUCGACUACAUUCCUUACAAAGUUAAAGAGAAGGCCGAGGGAUAAUGAUAUUACAAUGACAGAUCAAAUGCAAGAGUAUAAUCCUAAUGAUGCUGAAAAUAGAAUUAGAAAUGGAGAAAUCGAUUUUACUUCAGACGAGACAGAUUUAUCAUCAAUUGAUUCGGAAGACUCAAGGCAAGUUGGAGAUGUGCCGAAUUUAGUUCAAUAUCCGAAUCAAGACCAAGCACGUCAAACUAGAAGAAGAGACUAUUCUGUUAAGAAGCAGCACUUUGGAGUACCUUAUUUAUACGCUAGGAAACAAUUGAAAGAAGUUGUACUAGAACAUUAUAGAGCUUUAUCAUUGUUAAGAUCAUAUAAAGCUUUAAAUAGGACUGCUUUUAGAAAAAUCACUAAAAAGUUUGAUAAGGCAUUAAAGGGUAACCUUUUAGAUACAUACAUGAGCAAGAUCGAUAAGUCAUACUUUCAAACAACUGAUCUUGUCGAUAAAUUAUCUAAUCAUGUCGAAGAAUUGUUUAUUGCAUUCUUUGAUCCAGAAACUACAGAUAGAAAACAUUCAUUAGAAAAGUUAAAGAGUAUAGCUUAUGCUAUGAAUAAUAAUGAUAUAAGACAACCAUCAUAUUACAAAUCCUUUUUCAGUUCCGGUUUCUUAAUGGGAUUCAGUGUACCAUUAUUAACUCUUGCUAUCUAUUUAGCAUUGAAUAAAACUCUUAGUGGAACCUUGCCAGAAGGAGUUUAUUUAUUACAAAUCUGGGGAGGAUUUUUCUUACUUAAUGUUAUGUUGAUCCUCUUCGGAAUCAACUUAGCAGUAUUUGAUCAUUACAAAAUCAAUUAUAAGUUUAUUUUCGAAUUUGAUAUGUCUUCGGUUUUAAACUACAAACAAUAUUGGUUAUUACCAUCAUUUGGGAUUGCCCUUUUGGCCUUGGUUAGUUGGUUCAGUUUUCACGAUUUUUGGCCAAAUCAAUUUGCUGGAAGGGAUUGGCCAUGGAUAUAUUUUGGACUAAUGCUUGCAAUUUUCUUAUGGCCUGGUGAUCAAUUCUAUGGAUCCAGCAGAAAAUGGCUUCAAAUUGCUAUAUGGAGAUUACUAUUAUCAGGAUUUUAUCCAGUUGAAUUCAGAGAUUUCUUCUUAGGUGAUAUAUUCUGUUCAUUGACAUAUACAAUGGGUAAUCUUUCGUUUUUCUUUUGUUUAUAUGCUCAUCAUUGGAAUGGAAUAAUAGGAGAUACUGGAAAAGAAAACAUGUGUGGAUCCUCUAAAUCAAGAUUAAUGGGAUUUUUCAGUACCUUACCUAGUAUUUGGAGAUUUUUACAAUGCGUUCGUCGUUAUAUGGAUACAGGGGAUUGGUUUCCUCAUUUGGCGAAUAUGUUGAAAUAUGCUAUCUCCACAUUAUAUUAUUGUCUUUUGAGUGUUUAUCGUAUUGACAGAAUACAAAGGAAUAGAGCGACAUUCAUUACAUUUGCAGCUAUAAACUCUAUCUAUUCCUCUUUAUGGGAUGUAUUUAUGGAUUGGUCAUUACUUCAAAGUGGAUCAAAGUAUCCAUACUUGAGAGAUAAUUUAUUCUACAAGAACCCCAACUUUUAUUAUUUUGCCAUGGUAACUGAUGUUAUUCUUAGAUUUCAAUGGAUAUUCUAUGCAUUUUUUAGCAAUCAAAUCCAGCAGCUGGCUGUUACAAGUUUUUGUAUUGCAUUAGCAGAAAUAAUUAGAAGAUUUAUUUGGAUAUUUUUCAGAAUGGAGAAUGAACAUUGUACAAAUGUUGUCUUAUUUAGAGCCUCAAAAGAUUCUCCUUUACCUUACAUUGUAUCACCUAAAGUUGAGAAAGCCAUUAAAAAAUUAGCUAAUGCAAGAUAUACAGCAUUUGUUGGUGAGAAUGAAAAUGUUUUAGAAAGGUUAGGAACUAGCCAACGUUUACCAAGCGCUGACCGUAUUUCUUCUUAUAGUACCAGUCGUCAAGACGUUUCUGAUAGAUUUAGACCAGGCGAACAUGAAUCAGAUCUAGGGUUGGCAAGGGUCUCUUCAGCUACAUCAUCUUUACCUCAAUUAUCACGUCGUAAAUCUACCUUUGUUAAUAUCAGUGAUACCCUUAAUAAAGCACAUAUAAAGGAUUUUCAAAGAAGGAAGACGAGAAUUAAUUUGGAUGAUGAUAGUGAUGAUGACGAUGAUGACGCUGUAUCAACCAGAAGAUUUCCUAGUAAAAAUACUACAGGAAGUCAAUUACCUUCAGUUAAUGAAAAUGAAGAACUUUAAUUCACUAUCUUAUUUAUAUAGUUAUAUAUUUAUUAUUAUUUAUUU